AUGUUAUUACCAAAUUCAACUUCGAAGGAAUUGCAGCUUUUGGAGGAAGAUGCCUGCCGUGAUGACGACACUGAAGGCAGCUUUUGUGUCAACUUUGAUCAGUCAUCAGUUACUUCCAUCCACUCUGCCACAUCCAUCCACUCAGUCACUACCAUCGAGUCAAUGGUGCUCCGGCAGUCUUGGUCUGCUCCAGCUAUUCUUAGCCGAGACAGCCGCCAGACCUUGAUGCCCGAAAUAAGCCCCAGAGCUGAGGAUGAGCCACCCUCUACGUCCUAUCCGAGGGACGUGAGGGUCUCUGCACAAGACUUUUUGUCCUACCAUCGAUUCAUCAACGAUAAGGACAACGAUGACGUAUCGGUUUUAUCUGACGUCGAUUACAGUGAUGAGCAUUACGAGGCUGAUGUUGAAUCUAACAUCGAUGAUGACAAGGCCUCAAUAUCCGGCUUUGAGUUUUCAGGGAAUAUGUACACCGUCAACGUUCAUAAGGAGUUCGAGAACCUCGACGAUGAGGAAACGGACGAUGGGUCCAGUGGAAAUAUGACCAGCUCAGAGUCAGUGAUGGUCAAGAGGUGUGUCCCUGAUCAGAUUACAAAUAUCAUGGACGCUAAUUGGUCAGAUGAAGACACCAUCUAUCCCUCGAGCACAUCAGAGGGAAAUGACGUCACAAAUAACGAUGAUAAGAACGUUGACGAGGAGAAAGAUGUUGGUGUCCCUGGAGAGAUCGGAGAUCGUAUUCUCUUAGACAAGUAUCACGACUUCCAAUUUAAUAUCGUGGAUGACAUCUGGAAUGCAUGCGGCAACAUCUACCAAACAGGACUCCAGAUCGUACAGGAUAUCGUAAUGGGAGAACAUAAGAAUGAGAUGGACAUCGGUGAGGGACGCACCUUGGUCGAUGAUGAAGAAACAGGAGAUCAUACUUCAUCAGGUCACCCUGGUCUCUGGGACGUCAUCAACUGCAUGAUCACAGGCGUCCCCUUAGAGAAGAGAGAGAAGUAGGAGGGGAAGAAGGAGGAGAAGGGGGAUGCGUAGAGGAAGAGAAGCAGGAGGCAGAUGGAGUACGAGGAAGAAGAUGACUAUAGGGAAAAGAGCACAUACGAAGUUGGAGGGGAGAAGGAGGAGUAUUCAGUUAGUGGAGCAGAGCUGAGGAGAAGGAAGGGGAGGAGGAGGAGAAGGAGGAGAGAGGUGGGAGAUGGUGAGAAGGAGGGCAUCAACAACCACUGUGACUAGAAAGGUCAUAUGAGAACCAGAUGA